GCAUGGUCACCGUCUUCUAUUUCUAACUACAACUCCCGUCAUGCCCCGCGGCCCGAUUGAGCCCCAUUGGAGCCGGGACUAUACCGCCCGUCAAGCCCCGCGCUCUACAGAACCCCGGGAUCCGCCUCCAUCUGUCCCUCGCAGGUGGGCGAUGUCAGACAUGGUGAGGCUGGGGGUGAGGAGCAGCUUGUCCAAACAGGCUCAGCCUGCAAGGGGCUCAUUCUUCUCCGUGCCCAGACCUCCUAAGGAGACAUUCAGCAUCAAGAACACUGGGGGAAUGCUUCUAUUGCCUCUUCUCUGAAUAGGAAAGUACAAACUCAAUUCCUGCAUAAAAACCAAAAAUCAUGAUGUGCACUUUGGAAUCUCCCUCCUGAAGAGAACUCCAAGCUGACUCCAAUUCCUGCACAAGCCCUGGAGGCUCGAAGACAAUGGAAGAGAGACAAAGAGCUCCUGAGGGCUUUCUGUAUUUUAAUCAGCCCCACGGUGGAUUUGGGGCUGGGUCCAGGAGCCUCAGGCACUGAGAGAAGGAUGAAGAAGCCGCUCAAGGAGUCAGCAGCAAAACUCCAAGUGCCUUGGAGCACGGCUGGGCCCCAGGGAGGGCAGGGAGUGCCAAAGGCUGCCCAGGGAGUGCUGAGAGCAGAUCCUUGAGGCCAGGAGUGCAGGGAGCCCAAGGCUGUGGGCAGGGAACUGCAAUGCUGAGCAAGGCCUGGCUUGGCUGCAGGAAGCAGAAAGGCCAAGCCAUGAGCCCAGCCUGGGCCAGCAGGGCCUGUCCCUCACGGCUGGCUCGGGGCUCUUUGUGGGGCAGGGGGAUGUCAGGGGCAGCAAGGACAAACGCCAUCACCCUGCAGCCCCUGCCAGCCUCCCCAGGGAGGCCGAGGGAGAACCAAAGUGCAGCCCCUGCCAGGAAAGUUCCUCCUGCGGGGCCUCCGCAGGCGCUGCCCGAGCCCAGGGCACAAAGGCCUGGGUGCCUGUGGCCCUGCCAGCCCUGCCCAGCCCUUGGCCAUCUGUCCUGCAGCCUGUGCCCCCUGGGUGUGCUGCUCCUCUGCCCUGGCCGGCUGCACUCGCCCCUCUCGCUGUGCUCCAGCAUUUCUCACCCAGCGUUUCUGGGCCCUCCCUGGGCUCCCUGCACCCAGCGCUGCCGGCUCCUGGCACACAGAGCCCGGCCAUGGCCCAGCCUCACGCUGGGACACCUCCAGCACCAACAUUCUGCCCUGGGAGGUGUUGCGGUGCGCGGCCAAUUUCCAGUUAUGUUUCUCCCCUAAUUUGUACUGUUCUCCCCAUUUUAUAAUGUUCUCCCCGGUUUCAACCCCAUGUUUCAGUUUGAUGGUUCAGCCCUGGUUCCCCUUUUCCCCAGAUAGUACCUUCCCUGUCUGGGCAUGCUGCCAACCCCUUGUCUCCACCCCCGUUCCCUUGGCAACCCUCCAUUUUGUUGCGACUUUCUCCCCUCCCCAGCCCUGUCCAUCUCCCAGGGCCCUGCCCAUUCUUCCAGAGACUUCUCCCUUCCCCAGGGAGUGAUUGGGCAGGUGCUCUGGGCCCCUCCCUGGCUUAAAGAUCAUUUGUUGCCUUAUAUGUCUAUCAAAUACAAUACCCCUCCUCAGUUUUCCCUCAUUGGUUCGUGCAAUGUAUCCCUGUCCAUGUUCCACCCCCUUUAUAAGUUAUUGUCACUGUCCCUCCUUGCCUUUGCUCCCUGGACUCCCCCAGGAGACAAUAAACCCUCUCUGGACUGCAUCCCGGAGUAAAGGUCCUCUUUUCCUUCGCUUCCUUCAUCCAAAGCUGCUCCUCGAACGCUGCUCCAGCCUGCCGAAGGUGCUGCCUGGACGCCCCUGGCUCGCCUAGGCAGUGCCCCCCGCUGCUAGCCGCUGCUUGUGCUCUCCAGCUAGCCGGCGCUCCCUCCUCCCCACCGUGCGGGGAGUAGAGGGUCUUCAAAGCAGCAGCGCAGCAGGGAGGGACUUUUCUUUCUCCUCAGCUCCAGGCUGAACCUUCCAAGCUGCACUCUGGGGAGAUUUUCUGCAAUUCCCACUGCCAAGGAAAGCUCUGUCUCCUGCUGGUCACAAAGAGAGAAGGGCUGGGGGGAGAUGUGGUGGUCAGAGGCUGUUUGGGGCACAGGGACCAUGAAAUUAUUGAGUUUUUAAGUAUUCUGUGAAAGGUGAAGCAUCAAAAAAUCUUCUACACUCGAGUUACAGAGAGCAGACUUUGGCCUAUUAGGAUUGAUUUGGGGAGUACCUGUGGGAGAGUUAGGGAUUGCGGCCGGAAGAUCUCGGGCUGUUACGCGUAGACAGGAAGACCCCUCCUCACCUUCAGUCUGACCUUGGCUACCUGGCUGCACCCAGGACAAGGGCAGAGAAAGUGACACAAACUACCUAAGCCAUAAAUACCCCUGAAACCUUUGAAUAAACGCCAUUUGCUAUCCACCAUAUUGGUGUCCGCAGCACAUGGACCGAGUGACUCUGUAUUUGGGUCACCGUGCCGUACCCGAGAACCAGGUCGCCUCGUAGCUAGCUGCUACAUAUUGGUGCCGAUCCCGGGAUCCAGCACCCGGGGUGCGGGAGUCACCUGGACAGGGGCCGGCGGCUGCACAGCUGGACUAGUGCGGCGGGGAGGACGCUCCCGGACCAGCGAGAGACAUGGAACCAAUCGCGAAGGUCGUAAGUUUGGCUCAUGAGCAAAAGGGGAUUGAAUGUGAGCUCAGGAAUUUUAAUCUUGCUAUUGCGAGACUCUUAGAGCUCCGGACGAUUGAACGUCCCGUGGAUAUAUUGUAUUCGGAAGUGUGGGAAAGAUGCACUGCCGCUUUAAAAACUUCAGGCAGCGGUAAAGCCCUCAAAGCGUGGGGGAAAGUAGAGAAGGCCCUACGCAGGGCAUUAGAAGAACAGGAGACGUGGGAAGUUGCGAGCAAAUGUUUAUUGCCUACGCCGCAGCUGAGGAUGGGCGCGGCGACACAAACCGCGGAGGACUUAGAACAAACCGGCGGCGAAAAGCCGCGGAUGCCGGACCCGCGGCGUCCAGAGCAGAUCGGCUUACCAUCAGACGAACGGGGGAAGGAGGACGCGCGGUCGUUUUGGCGGGGACCCGCGGAGGAGGCCAGGGUGGUGGCGAAACCACCGAACCCCGAAGGGGAGGACAGGGAUACACCUCCGCCAUAUGCGUUUGAAAAUGGCGGGGAGGCGUGUGUUCAGGGCGGAAAGGAAGCCGUGCCGGGCGGAAAUGGAGUCAGCUCGCUUAACAACGCAUGCGCAGGCGAGCGGGGGGACGGAGCAACCCCUACGGAGGAGCGUAUGACCAAUCAGAGCGCUCAGCUCACAUUCGGUCCUUGUGGGGCAAGGACCUCCCCCAGCAGGAGGCGGGGGGACCCCAGGGGGAGGGAACGGUCCGAACCCCGCAAGAAGGGGCCGGACGCGUUCCAUCCCUCCCCGAGCCCGAGCCCGAUCCCCUCCCCGAGCCCAAGCCCGAUCCUCCCGCGGAGCCCGCCGAGUCCUAGACCCCCCACGGAACUUUUCCGGGAAUUCGCGGCUCCUCUGUCCAUCCCUUCCCCGCCUGCCGGCGGCUCAGCGCCGGGGGCACGGCGGCGCGCGCGGUCCUUUUGCGGGGAGCUGGCGGAGAGGACCCGGGGCGCAGGGAGGGCGGCUGGCGCGGACGCGCGGGCGGCCCUGCCGCCGCCGCCGCCGCCGUACAUGGCAAAACACAGCGCCGGCGAUCCAGGAGAUGGGCGGGGCGCGCGAGUCCACGGCGGGAAAAGCCCGGAGGCGCGAGUAGUUGCUGACGCGCAUGCGCGGGGGAGCGGCAAAGAGCGCAGAUUCGAUCAGGGGCCGCGCUCAAUACUGCCACCAUAUAAGGGAGAGAUCCCUCCCUGCGGGAGGCAGGGCAAGCCCAGGGGGCGGGAGCGGUACCACCCCCGAAGGGAGGAGCGGGGUCGGAGCCGAAAGAAACGGCACGGAGCGCCGGAAAUUUAUCGGCAGUCCACUUCCGACUCUGAGUCAAGCAACAGCUGCUCAGACAGCCCGGAAGAGCUGGCCGACUCUGACGACUCGGCCAUCUGCCUUCCCUUCUGGGUGGACACAGAGUCAGACGUCACCGUCAUCCCAGGAAUCCAGCCUAUGGGACCUGUCCAUACGUCGCUACCCAUGAACUCGAUGAUACCAAGAGGACAACCCUGUGCAGUGCUCGACAUCAAAGACUGCUUCUUUUCUAUCCUCCUGCACAAAACCCUUCACAUCGGAGCGAAAGCGCUUGCGAAAAAGUGCGGAAUUUCUACUGCAGACGCAAAGCACGUCGUCGCAACGUGCCCUCACUGCCAGAAGUUGCCACUGUGGUCGAGUGGUGUCAACCCCAGAGGUCUCAAAGCCUCGGAAGCUUCUCAGGAAACGCUGCUUUGUGUGGUCAAGUUCCUGAAGAGGAGGGAUCUUAAAAGACUGGUGAAGAACCAGAAGCUGUGGAAGUUUACCAAGUGCCUAGUAAGGAUUGCCUGGAAGCUCCAGCCUCAGCCUGGAGAAGGCCCCUGA